UGUUGAACGCAGAGCGCUGCUCCUCCGACGGAGGUAUCUGUCUUCCUGUCAAAGUCACGGUGGUCGGUCUCGGUUGUUUAUUUUUUAUUAUUAUGGAGUUUAUCGAACUAUGGCAGCAGUGUUAAGCCUCGUAUCGAUAACUGUCUCUAAAGUCUUGCAGCUGUCUGGACUUGUGGACAAGAGGAAUGUCCUGAGGAUCCAAAAAAUGGAGGAGAAAGCGCUGGAAGUGUACGAUGUGAUCCGGUCGAUCCGGGACCCGGAGAAGCCCAACACCCUGGAGGAGCUGGAGGUGGUGACGGAGAAGUGUGUGGAGGUGCAGGAGCUCCGGGAGGACGAGUUCCUCAUCAUCAUCAAGUUCUCUCCCACGGUUCCUCACUGCUCGCUGGCCACUCUGAUCGGUUUGUGUUUACAAGUGAAGCUUCAGCGAUGCUUGCCUUUCAAACACAAGCUGGAGAUCUACAUCUCAGAAGGAACCCAUUCCACCGAGGAGGACAUCAACAAACAGAUCAACGAUAAGGAGCGCGUGGCGGCCGCCAUGGAGAACCCCAACCUGAGGGACAUCGUGGAGCAGUGUGUGACGGAGCCGGACGACUGAGCGCGCCGGGGACGAGCUGGAAGACUCAGGCAGACGGACCGGAGGAGGAAUCGAACUACAGACUCCUCCUCCUCCCUUCACUGCGUUCCUCACAGCCUGAGAGGCUCCGCAGGAGAACCGGAGAACCUUCAGCUGCUGGAACGUCGUGCGGAACAGAACUGACCCGAGGAGACGUGUGGAUGGUUUUUUUGUAGUUUCCUGUUUUUGUAAAUGCACUGGUCAGCUCAUGGCUGCAGUCUGAGGAGAAGUUCUGACUCUUUCAGAAGGAUUUCUAUUUUUGAAUAAUGAUUCCGUGUAAAUAAAGCUCCUGAGUGACUCGGUGCUCCA